CGACCUUGACCUACGUGUCAGAGUAUUCUCUAUAUAAGCGAUGCUGAACUCACCUGCACACAAGUCAGAUAUCAUACAGUGCUGCAUAGAGCAAAGAAAGGCUUUAAAAUGGCUCCAUAUCGUCCGCUGUCUUCCCGUCCAUACCUGAUGCCCCUGGGCGCUCUUCUGGUACUGGCAUACCUGAGCCCAGCCCUCUGCACCUGUAGGAAGGGCAGCCCCGAUGAGUGCAUGGAUGCUCCUUUCAUUCCAGGCCACGACCUGGUGGGUGAAGGCUUUGACAUCGUGAAGAUGCAGCGCAAGAGGGCCUACAUCAUCGACGUGAAGACAUACCUGAAUGCUGAUAACACUUGCCAAGUGUGUGAGAACGACGAGAUGGACCAUGAACUCCAGAAGCUUCCGUUGUCUGUUGUAGAUUGGCGCUCAAACUCCAAGUGCAGUCUCUCCCUCAACAGUGCUAUGUAUGAGUCAGCCACAGAGCUUGUGCACAGCACUGCCUCACAGAUCAAAAACGAUUGGAAAUUGGGGCUCGAUUUGGAAAAAUUUGGUGUGGGAGCAGGAGUGGAGGUGGGAAUGGGAAGGUCCCAUGUAGCCAGAUUUGCCUUUUCAAAGGCCAAGAUGGACCGCUUCACAUUCUCCAUCCAUGAGUUCAACUGCACAUAUUACAGCUUCCGAGUCUCUAACACUGCAAGUCUAAGCAGAGAGUUUUCUCAAGAUAUUAGCCGCCUGCCCAGGGACUACAAUAGCAAAAAACAACAGUACAAACAGCUCCUUAACACCUACGGUACUCAUUAUCUAUCACAGGUAGACCUGGGAGGGAGAGUGAGGACAGUAAGUGCUAUUCGCACCUGCCUUACCAUACUCAAUGGCCAAACCACCGGGGAAAUAAAAGACUGUUUGUCUGCUCAAUUGUCUCUGACCUUUGGUCUGUCCAUUAUUGACCCUAAAGUAACCCCAAAAGCAGAGGUAUGCUCCUCGAUGUUGAACAGCAAAGACAUGACAGUCACCAGCACCUACAGAUACAUUAACCAAAUCACAGAAAUAGUUCCUGGGGAUGUGUGGAUCGGGAGCUUCAGCAAUGACACCACAGGGUUUGAAUUCUGGUUUGACCAGCUGAAGGAAGAUCCAGGUGUGGUGAGCUAUUCCCUGAACCCGCUGUCCAUGCUGAUAACUGAUGAGGUCAUCAAAGACAAUGUGAAGACUGCCAUUAAGGAAUACCUGAAGGACAAUGCCAACCCCCCCAACUCUGACAGCCUUAGCUGCAAGUCAGGCAACUGCUGCCCGAAAGAGACCUAUAGAGCCAAAAAACUGCAGAUUAACCUGAGAGCCACAGGUCUGAGAGGUGACUGGUAUGGUGUCACUGAGGCAUUUGCCACUGUUCAGUAUGGAUCAGGCAUAAGGACAACCAAUCAAGUCAACUCUGAUGAUCCUGACUGGGACGAGCUGGAUUUUGGAAAUGUGCAAACAUUCAGUCCGUCUCUGAUAAUUAAUGUGUAUGAUAAAGACUGGUGGAGAAAUGAAAGGCUAGGAUACUUCAACUUCAAUCUUAAAAAAGGAUCAAACACAGAAAUACGCGACUUUGGGUCCAGCACUGUCAUACUCUCCUACACUCUAACUUGUGAUGAUCAUCUGACUGGAGACCAGUGUGACCAGUACACACCUGAUAUCACACUAUAGCAUGGUCACCCUCAACCAACAGGUGACUAAACCAAUCUGAAGAGUGUGCUCUGAAUCAGUAAAAGGGCUUUUGAUUUGAUUUUUUUGAUCAUAUUCUCCUCUUCCCCUGGAAACGUACAAUUAGUGGUGACAGUUCUAGGAGACUUUCAGGAAUCGCAUUCAUAUACAUAAAUGCAUACAACCCUAACUUGGCAUACUGUAAUACAAAGGCUAUUUGAACUAUAUUUCUUUCUUGUCCUGUUUUCCUGAUUCCUUUACUCUAGAUUAAAAUGAUAAUCACAUACUUAUAUU